AUGAUUAAGUAUGCAAAGGCAUCACAAAACUUGAAUGAACUUGAGAAUCUUGGUUGUACCAUUGUGAAUGAAGUUGAUGCACGUACAAUGGCCCAACACCCACUUCUGCAACAUUUAAAGUUUGAUCGCGUAGUUUAUAAUUUUCCUCAUGCUGGUUUCCGUGGUCGUGAAAGCGAUUACUUCCAGAUUGAGCUUCACAGGAACGUAGUGAGAGGAUUUCUGCAGAAUGCUAAACGUAUGCUUACUAUUUGUGGGGAAAUCCAUACUACUCACAAGACAAAACAUCCUUAUAAUAUGUGGAAUAUCAAGUUGUUGGGAAGUUGGGAGGACUUGGAGCUUGUUGGAGAAGUAGAAUUCAAACAAAAUCUUUAUCCUGGUAACAAGAACAAGAGAGGAGAUGGUUGUAAAAAUGUGAUCAAAGUUUUCUUGUUGGAGAGUGCAGUACCUUCAAGUUCUCAUUAA